GGUAGGUGUGCGCGUGCGUAAUAUAGAAAGCCGGUGUGUAUGUAACCUCUCCAGUGAAUUAGGUCGUUUCUUCAAGUCGAAGGCGAGAUUUGGGGCGCGAGGUGGACUGGGGGCGGGGAGACAUCCUCCUUUCCCUCCGCCUUGCACCCCUGGGACAUGCAACCAAUUGCUGACCUUUCCUGCUGGGAUUAGCACGGGAGGGGGGCGGACAGGGGUGCAGUUUGAUUCUCCCUUCCCUUUCUCGGGGCUGCAGGAUUUUUCCUUGCAAAAAGUCGUCGUCGGAUUCAGGAAAAGGACAAAGGCUGUCGCUUUGCGGGCGAUCGGCAAAGGGGCGGCCUGUUUUACUAAACUCUUUUCCUUGGAUGAAAAGUCCAAGGAUGGAACAGCCAUGGUGGAAAGGAGACCUUGCAGCUGACGUUCAUCAGACACUAAGACUGAAGGAGCUGAAACUGCCAGUCUACAAGGCCCAUUCUCCACAAAUCGAAAGACGAUGCUAUUUUGCUCACCUUCUUACUGUCCUCAGCAGCCAUUGCCAACUUUGUCCCACAGCUCGGCACCUUGCUGUCUACUUGCUGGACAUUUUUAUGGAUCGCUAUGAUGUUACUGUGAAGCAGUUAUAUGUGGUUUCAAUUGCAUGUCUUCUCCUUGCAAGCAAAUUUGAAGAGAAGGAGGAUAAGGUGCCCAAGCUAGAACUUCUGAACAACUUUGCUUAUAUGUGCAGCCUUAAUCUAACGCUUACGAAAAAAGAUCUACUGAAGAUGGAACUCUUGCUCCUGGAGAGCUUCAGUUGGAAUCUCUGUCUGCCAACCCCAGCACACUACAUUGAUUAUUACCUCUUCGCUUCUGUCAGUGAGGGCGACCUCCACAAAGGCUGGCCCAUCACCUCUGUCACCAAGUUCAGAGCCAUCAUGGAGAAAUACUCUCACUUGUUCCUAGAAGCUUCACUGCAAGAUCAUGUUUUUCUCUCUUUUCGGCCUUCUCUGGUUGCUGCUGCUUGUGUGGGUGCCUCCCGCGUCUACCUUGAGAUCUCUCCCCUGUGGACCACACAGCUACAACUGCUGACAUGUUAUUCCUGGGAACAUCUUGUUCCUUGCAUUGAACUCAUGCUUGGCAAAGUUCACAGUAAGGACCCCAGAGAAGACACACAGGAAAAGGAUUCCCUAACCCUGUUGUUGCAGCAGCAGCAGCAAAUUAUGGAAAGCCUAAACCUAAGCCUAAACCAGACGCCAACUCAGGUUCUCUUCCAACAGCCACAGUACCACCCCCUGCCCCAGCCCUCAGCUGUUCUGUCGCAGUUCUGUUCUCCGAUACAGGAUCUGUGCUCCGCUUAUCGGGACUCCCUGCAAGCUCCUCGAUCCAGUGGCCUCAGUUCAGGGAAUAGUACGCUGAGUACUUAUUCUGCCCUGCAGGAAAAUUUCCAACCUGUUUUGCAGACUAUGUCUCUCCAAGGGCCAAUCACGAUGCAGGUAGCCAUUUCGACAGAAUCCAGGCAUUGCCUCUCAUUGGUCUACGGCAGCAGCUACUUCAGCAGGCAUCACUCGUACACAGCAGGCUGUUUCGAUGGCUGAGCACCUAUGGAAAAAGGCAGCCAGAGAGAGGCAGGAUGUUUUGCCAGAAAAACACAGGGUUGGAGCACACAAACCAGAUUAACCAUGUCACUAUCUGCAGGAUCUCUAUGAAGAAAUGGCUGGACAAAAAGCAGAUCCAAUUCACCCACUCCAUUUUGAUUUCUCAGUGCGUGUGCCUUUGUAAGGAGGCAAGACUUUAAGAGAAAAAUGCCAAAAAUAUACCUCACCAUUUCCAGAUUUGCCAGGCUUCAUUUUGAGGGAGGAAGACCUGGAAAAGCUGCUUCUAUAAGACAAACUUUUUGCUGUAAGGUAACUUCCCUGUGGCACAUGUGUAUAGUGGCUUCCCUGAUGUGGUUUGCCAGCUGGAUGAUUGUAGUUUUUAGCCCAGGAACCUUCUAUUGGUGAUAAAAAGGCCAGUGUUUGUUGCACUCACUUUGAUAUCCCUCUCUCCCUUUCUCUCUCUCUCCCUCCCUCCCUCCCUCUCUCUCUCCCUCUCUCUCUCUCCCUCCCUCCUUCCCUCUCUCUCUCUCUCUGUGAAUACUUUAUGGAGAAACUUCCUUGUUGCUUAUUGGAAGAUUCGCACAGCAAUAUAUUAAACAUGAAAAUAGGGAGAGAAAUACUUGGAACUUUUUGAAUACAUUUAAUAGGUUAAGCACCAUUUGAGUUUCAUAUGUAUAGUAUUUUUAAUUGCCUUUUUAAAGUACCUUUAGAUAUUUGAGAUGCUGCUGCCUUAUGUCACAAACAGUCCUUUGUUGAGAACUAUGGUUUACAAGUUAUAUCAGGGAUUAAUGUUUACUUGAAGCAGUCCACUGUACAGAAAAAUAGUUAAAUCCCUUAUUUUUUAAGGGAACUGCUACCUUUCAUUAUAGGAUGUUAGGAAUUUGCAAUAUGACUUAGAAAAGUAGACAAAAAUAUACAUAGAAGGACUCUUAAAAGAGGAAAGAACGCUUAAAGGUUCAAGAAUAAGGAAUGUAAGGUUAAUAGAAGGUGAUUAAACAACUGAAAACUUGCAUUCCUAAAAAGAUACUAACUGGAAUAAUACUAUAAAUGACUAUUGAGAUAGGUUGCCAUGCAAGCUAUUUUCAAGGCAAUAUGUAAAUCAACAUGACAAAGUAAAUAACAAUUCACUUUGAAUAUUAGCAUUUAAAGCAAGGAAUGAACCACAAUGAUAAAGAAAGCUAAUCUCUUUCUGCAAAUGCUUUUCUAGCACCUUGACUUGGUUCUUUCUAGCUGGACUUCAGAAUUAGGAAGUACUUGUAAGUUUGGAAAAGAGGGGAGGGGUUAACAUUAGCAGAAAAUAAUUGAUGGAAAUGGGUGGGCUACAGUACCAUGCCCCCACCACUGAUUCUCUUCUAAAAAUUUAGAUUUCACAAUACUUUGCCAGGUUUUGCCUUUCCGCAGUGCGCCAAUAUUUCUAUAUAAAUGUACUUUAGGAUCAUGGCCUUAAACAAUUUUGUGUGAUUAAGUUUUGUACUAGACUUGUGCUUCAAUUUCAAAAUAUGUUGAAGGCGUCUACUACUGUGUGAAGUUGCCACUUGAUGUGGAGCUAUUGUCACUGAAUGACAGUAUUUUUAUGGAAUGUUUCUCAGGAUUGCAAUAACACUAUGUGCAAUAUGCUUUUAUUUUAUUGAAUAUCUAGAGUUUGUGUUGUUAAGAAUGCAGUGGUAAAAUGUUAUUUGUUCAUUUUGCUUUAAGUUAUAAUUUUCAGAGAGAAAGUGAAGAAUUUUUAACUGAAGAAGAGAGUGCUGCUUUUAAUGUAGGGGAAGAAUGUUUCCUUUUUAUUGCAAAGUCUGGUGAUGAGUUCUGCUAAAGUCUAUUGCAGACUGGGCUUGUCCCGCUUUUUGAUGACAACAUAUGUAGCAAGACAAAGUCGGAAAUGUUUUUGUAUGGAUUUUCUUUCCUUGUUAGAAACAUCUUUGUCAAAAAUAGUAUCUGGGCUUGUACGUUACCUUUUAUGUAUUUAUAUACAACUUUUAAACUACAACAUUUAAGCAGACAGUAGUCACUUAAUUGUGUAAAAACCACUGGAGAAGUUCAAAGCUUAUAGAAUUUGGCCUGAUUAUUUCAUGACAUUCUGUAAAGAAGGUGUUUUGUG